AAAGGUCCGGAACGUGAGAAAGACGAGCCCCUGUUUCCCGUGAUCUAUCGCGACCGUCACUUUACCGGAGGCAGCCAAAGAGAUAUGUGAUUUAGCGCUAUGCGUUAUCUCCUUCUUCAUCUCAUUCCUCGACGAUAACAACAUUGGUUGGCCAUUAUUUCUCUUCCCUAUUAUACUGCAACUUUGCCUUUCUCUUGCCUUUCCUCUUGCUCAUCUACUACCGACGCCGUAUUCCAGUUCGACUUCCCUGAAGAAUUGGACGUAGCGGCUCUGACUCAAGGUAUAUCGCGUCGUGCGAGUCCAGAUUCUGCAUCUGGGCAGACGUCAUCGGGGAUUACAGAGGUCAAGGAGUUCGUAGAAUGUAUAUGGACAGAGGCAGACAGUGGCAAAGGUAAAGGUGUUUCAAUGCCCAUGCCCAUUCCAUCUGGUUCCCUUCUCCACGAGGUGGACGUGUUUAGUGACCUGCAGUCGUCGAGCCAUCCCGGAUCAUCGUCUUCGUCAUCGGUCUUCAUUAAUAGCCCACAGAGGGACGUCCAUAGUAUCUGGACCCCGUCCUCAUCAGGUUGUUCCCGAAGCAAUGCGAGCAGUCGUCCGCAAUCUUUAACUGGGCCAUCCGAAGGGACGGUAUACGGGAAGGGCAAGGGCAAGGCGGCAGACUUACCCCCGUGUCUGCCGCCCCUCGCCUUCUCCCGUCCCGAAUUCAGCUACAGCCACAUUGCAUGGCCUACUUCGUCUGUCACAGACUCCGUGGAACCGUCUUCUUACGGGUCCCCACGUUUUGAUUCGCCGAACUCGCCGAGCCCAAGCUUUUCCUUCGACGCUACUAAUUUCCCAAAUCCGACUCAAUCUAAUCCAUCACAUAAUCCAACUCAUGUCCGCCGGCGCGCACUGUCUAUUAGCUCUAUCCAUUCUACUUCCUCCGUUAGCACUUUGUCGUUGUCCAAACUCAGAAACAAGGCGUUCAGUGGGACUCCAGGAAAUCUGGCGAGGAAACUUCUGCGGAAACCUGGUGUCCCUGCCACAGAUAAUGGAUCCUUGGAGGUGCCUUUCCAGUCUGACCAUCACAUACUUGACGAGCAAUGCAAAGAUGUUCCACCUGCAUAUACAAUCACCAGUAAUGACGGGUCACAGAGUCUUUCAUGGCCACUUCCCCCACCCACGUUGAAGGGUAAAUUGCGCUCGAAUUCAUCUCCAUCAUCCUUUUCUAUAUUAGACCUGGCCACCGCUUCGUCUACGGAUCAUUUCACACCACUGUCGUUGAUAAUUCCCAGCUAUUUUGAGGCAUUGCCCAGAGAAUUGCGCUUGCGGGUACUGCUUGCAUUCCUCGAUGUACACGAAGAGGAGUAUGAGAAGGACCUUAUGGAUGGUCAAUGGUCCGUCAUGAAGGCUUCUUCGUCGAAGAACAAAUGGGUCGGCAGGAACCGAGGCAUGCGAGAGCUGGUGAAACUGAGCAGAGUGUCGAAAUCAUGGCAGAUGCUGCUGUCUGACGGUCAAUUAUGGCGGACACUUGAUCUCCGAUCUUUCUACAAUGUUCCCAAAACACUCAUCCUUCGGUUAACAUCAGUGGCGGGUCCGUUCAUCACCAGCUUAAACUUUGCUGGACAUGUCUUCUUGCUUUCUACGACGCUUACCGAUGUUGCGGAUCAUCUUUGUGUCCAACUGACAAGUUCUAAUGGGGUACCCUUCACGCAAUUGACCGCCCUCAACUUUCGAGGGUGCACCAUGUUGACUACACAGUCUUUGCACUACCUUCUUAAGGUGUCUCCAGCUCUGGAGAAGUUGGACGUGAAAGGUCUCCACAUAGUGACGAAUACGACUUGUGAAAUGCUGGCAGCAAGUUGUCCACAGCUCACAGUCUUGAACAUGAGCCGUUGCCCUAGUAUGGACGCCGAUGGAAUUUAUUGUUUAUGUCAAACUGCGAUCUCUCGAAAGCGGACUCUAUUAAUAAGGGUGCUUCGUCUCUCGGGAUUGAAAUACGUCGAUGAUAAGAUGAUGGCCGUCGUAGGGAAAGCAUGCCCUGAUCUGGAGGUAUUGGAUCUCAGUUAUUGCCGUCAAUUGCACAACUCAGCCUUGGAGGCAUUUGUCGCAUGUGGCGAGGACGAGAUUCUCGGAGUUGAGACGGUAGUUCUCAAUGCUUGUCAAGUUGGGAGGGAUGCUGGAGACAAUAACAAGUAUAGACGUCGCAUCACACAGCUCCGCCAUAUUUCCCUCUCGUUCUGCUUCCUUUUAACCGACAUCGCGUGUUCGAACCUUGCUCAUUCGGUCCCUCGCUUGGAAUUCCUCGAACUCGCGGGUAUCGGUGAUGACCUUGGAGAUGAAGGGCUUAUCAGGCUCCUGAAUACGACCCCAAUGAUCCGGCGAUUGGAUCUCGAAGAUACUGCUCAAAUCACUGAUGCAGUCAUUUCGGCCAUCACCCCAUCUGUUAACGCGGAGGAUGAAGCUGUCCGGGAUGAACGAGAAGCAGGGCACGCCUUGGAGCAUCUCGUAAUUUCCUACGCUAGCAGCAUUACGGACGACGCGUUGCUGACGUUGAUACGUGCUUGUACGCGUUUGAAAGUCCUGGAGGCUGACAAUACUCGGAUAGGACCAAGAGUGUUCAAGGAGUUCAUUCGGUUGAGCCGUAGGCGAGAGGUGUCCGACAGCAGAAUCGUUGCUGUAGACUGUCGUACGAUUGGCGAGCACGCGGUUAAGGAAAUGGCUUCCAUGACAAGACCCCGGUUGGGCUGGCGCGCCUAUGAUUCGAGAAAAUUGAAGUACCUCGAUGGCCGGGACGGCGAUUUGGAAGAUUUGAAAGUAGGGCAGGACGAGUGCGACGAUAAGAGGGUGGUGGUGAAGACUUUCUAUUCGUGGCAGACCGUAGAUUCGGUUAGGACGAGUCGGGAGAAGCGCCGGAAGUCUGGUUCGAGGAGGGCUAUGAACGGGUCCGGGUGUAGUUCCGACGAUGCUGAUAAUAUAGGGCAUACGACCAGGUGGUGGUCACCUGGAGGCCGAAGGUCUGGUGCCAAUAGCCCGACUGAUGUGGGACGCGAUACGUGUAGAAUCAUGUAAGGUUAUUUGUUUUACGGUUUUUGCUUCUCUUUUCCAGUGUUUUCUGCCUGAUGUACUUCUACUGCACACCAUGUACUUUAUACAAAUAUUCUGUGUUGUACUAAUAUACACUUUGUGUUCAUUUUGUAUGUAUUUUUUGCAUCAUUUUUUAACGAGACUAUUAUAAUUAUCGUCGUGGUUAUGAUCGCUUAUUUCUAGACAGCUCAAGAUUCUAUUAAAAAAAAAUAC